CUAAUUUAGGGAUUUAGGAACAAAUUUUAAUGCACUUUUGAGUUUCUUUUUGUAGGUGUCGAUCAGUUACUUUCCUAAAUUGAAUCCCUAAAUUGGGCAUUAAAUUUUUUUUUUAAAAAAAAAAAAAAAGAUAUAAAUUAAAUCCCUAAACUUGGCUGAGCUUAUUGUAUUCCUAUAAUUCGGUUCUUAAAGGUCCUAAGAAUUUGUUUCGAAUUUGGUGGGAGUGAAAUUUUAGGACAAAACAAUGUCAUCGCCAGACAUUGCAGGAAUACUGGACAAGUCAAAAGAGCUCGAUCAAUUAAGGAAAGAGCAAGAAGAGGUGCUCACCGAGAUAAACAAGAUGCAUAAGAAGCUCCAAGCCAGUGAGUCAUUCUCUCCUGAAGUGGUUGAGAAGCCUGGGGAUAAUGCGUUGGCGAAGCUGAAGGCUUUAUAUGUUCAUGCCAAAGAGCUCUCUGAAAAGGAAAUGAAUGUUUCAAAUUUGUUGUUGAGUCAACUUGAUGCUCUGUUGCCUUCUGGACCUCCAGGGCAGCCACGGAGAAGGAUGGAAGGUAAUGAGCAGAAAAGGAAGAGAAUGAAGAAUGAUUCAGAUAUUUCGAGGAUGUCCCCCUCCGUGCGAAGUCAACUCGAGCUUUUUGCUAGUCUAAAAGGUGAACAGGUGGCGGCUAGGGUCAUGGUCACUCAAGAAGAUGCUGAAAAGGAAGAGUGGCUUGUUGUAAAAGUUUUGCAUUUCGACAAGGAAACAAGAGAACUUGAAGUACUAGAUGAGGAGCCAGGUGAUGAUGAAGAAGGUGGUGGCCAAAGAAAGUACAAGUUGCCUAUGACAGCUAUUAUCCCUUUCCCCAAGAGAACUGAUCCUUCCAGUGCCCAAGAUUUCCCUACUGGAAGACACGUUUUGGCAGUAUAUCCAGGAACAACUGCACUAUAUAAGGCAACUGUGGUGAACGGUCAUCGCAAGAGGAAGACAGAUGAGUAUUUGCUGGAAUUUGAUGACGACGAGGAAGAUGGAGCCUUGCCUCAGAGGGUAGUGCCCUUCCAUAAGGUGGUUGCCCUGCCAGAUGGACAUCGCCAGUGAUUCUUUCUUGCCGUUUAUAGAAUAACUUUAUGUAUAAAUUAAAUUAAUUGGUGUGUAUUUUUACCCUCACCACCCCCAUCCGCACCCCCACAGUAUCUGUAACCACACGUUUAUGAGCUCUUCUUAGGGCAUGUUUACGUAUCAUUAAUGGGUAUGAGAGGAAAGGGAAUGAUUUUCAUUCCUGAUUUUCCUUGUGUUUACUUGCAA